AUGGAAGUGUACAAAACUCGUCUUUUUCCUCAUGUGCUCCCCUCUUCACCAAUCUCUACUCCUUUAUCCAUCCUAGAUGCCACCGUUGCCCGAUUUGCUCCAGCAGGCGCAAUAUGGCUAUGGGAUCGUUUCCCAGAGAAUCUCCCAGAAGGGGAAUUCAUCAAUCAUCUCCAAUCUUCAUUUGUGCAAACUUUAUCCGACUACCCACAAUGGGCCGGUCAGCUCCAAUGGGCCCCGGUUCGAGAAGGCGGCCAUCACACCGAGCGCUUCAACCGGCCAAUGAUCGUCUACGGGACGCCUGAUGACCCUGGAGUUGAGUGGCGUGUCGUCAAACGAGACGGCAUAUCGGGCGGGACGCUGGUACCUUCAGCCAUGGAACGAGCAAGCACGGGAACCUGGAACGGGGACAAUUUCCCCCAGAGAGAUUUCCUGAGUGAAACCCCAUUGGCAUUGCAUGAUCUGCGUGGGUACCAGGGAUUACCCGGUAUGCAGGUGCAAAUCACGCUAUUAAAGGAUGGCGCAUACGCAAUUGGAAUCCGAAUGGCACAUGUCCUCGCCGAUGCCCAGACGUUGUUGGUGUUUUUGCAUCAGUGGGCGGCCGCAAGUAGAGCCGCGUUUGGUUCACACAAUACAAAGUCGUUGAUGGACGCUCCAGUCUUUAAUCCAGCGCUGUUAGACACACAUGCUGCCGGGGAUAUUGACGGCCCAGCGCCGGAUCGCGGGCUGGUUGCGACAGCGCGUGAGCUGCCACUGCACCGGUUCGACUGGUGGAAGACGGACGACCCGGGAUAUCCGAAGGUAAUGGUGCCCAACACGCUGAACUCGAUGCCUUCUCGUGAGCUACUGGACAGCGUCGAACUCUCUCCGUCGACAUCUGCACCAUGGACAUCGUGGGAUUUGUCCAAACCAAUUCGCUACAGGCAGCUCCAUUUCUCAGGGAACCGAUUAGCAGAUUUGAAACGGAAAGCGCUGGCACAGGGUCGAGGAGAUAUCUCUCGACUCGAUGCAUUACUAGCCCACCUCUGGAUCUCCAUCAACCGCGCCAGGAAUCUCGCCAAUUGCCCCGACUCUGUCUUCCUUGAUCUCUCUAUAGGCACUAGAACACGCGUGUCUCCUCCUCUACCUGACACAUUCCUCGGAUCACCACUCUUUCUCACUCACGUAGGCUCCUCAGCAAAGGCCCUUUGCGCUGCGUCUAUCGGAGACAUCGCCAGCCAAAUCCGAGAGACAAUGGCCCUAUUCACGCCAGAAAAGAUCGGCGCGAUGCUCCACGAUGCCGCGUAUGAGGUCUCCCCGCAGCGGCUGUGGCAGGCGUUCUUGGGCUCGCGACAUGUCCUUGUCACCUCCUGGUUGCGAUUGAAAGUGUACGAAAUAGACUUUGUUGGGGAUGGAAACCGUCCGCGGUAUGUGCAUGCCGUUCUGCCCAAGCUAGAUGGGGAAGUGCAGGUUAUGGAAUCAGGGGCCGAUGAUAACGGGGUGGAUGUGGCAGUGUAUCUGGAGGAAGAGGUCAUGGAGAGGUUCCUGGCUGAACAGAGGAAGUUUACGGUGUAG